GGGGCUCAGACGCCUUCAUAACUUGAUUAUGAGAGUCAAGAUCCCGACUGCCCAGUAUCAGUUCCUGUCCGCCAGCCCCGAUGUACACACGCUCCGAAGACGGAGCUGGAGGCGUUGAGAAGAUGAGUAACCGCUCCGUGGAUGACGAGUCUCGUUUCACAGAGAUUUGCACGAUCUUGUCGGUUUGCUGUGCGUUGUCGACCAUCGCUGUCACGCUUCGGUCUUAUACGCGACUGGUCCUUCUUCACACCUUUGGCUGGGAUGAUGGAGUUAUGGUGGCUGCCCAGAUCCUGGCCAUCGCCGCCGCCGUGACUAUUGGCCUUGAGAGCAAAUUUGGUCUCGGAUCACACACUUGGGUUCAGCCUGAAGCACACCUUUUCCCAUACAUGAAGGCCUUUUACAGCUCCAUUAUAAUGUACAACAUGUCCAUGUGUUUCGUCAAAAUUUCUAUUCUCCUCCAAUACCGGCGAAUCUUUUCUCUCCAGAUGAUGCAACGCAUUACCUUCUACGCUGUCGCGUUCAUCGUUGCUUGGUCAAUCACAAUCUUCUUCCUCAUGACACUCGUCUGCGUCCCUGUCGCCAAGUUCUGGGACCACACUUUGCCGGGUAGAUGUCUGGACUCGUUGACUCUUUGGUAUGUCAUGGCCGCCUUCAACUUGGUCUCCGAUUUCGCCAUUUUCGGCCUGCCGUUGCCGGUGGUUCGCUCCCUCCAAUUGCCCAAGAAACAAAAGGUGAUGCUCUUUGCGGUCUUUGGCCUUGGGUUCUUCACCUGCAUCAUCUCCAUUAUUCGCAUCCGCACUCUCAAGAUCGCGGCUUCGACAGAUGAUCCUAACUGGGACAAUGUGGAUGCGGCAACCUGGUCAUAUCUCGAAGUCACAACUGCCAUCCUCGCGGCUUGUUUGCCGACGCUAAGACCAGUCUUCGCCAAGAUCAUGCCGAGUUUGAUGGGCUCCUCCAUAAGAGGGAACCAAGGUCGAUCCCAGGGCGGGGCGUACAUUCAUGCUCCAGACGGCAGCACGAACACGAUCCCGAACAAGACAAGAGUCACAUCGGUCACUGUCCCUGUGUCAGACAGCACUUGGUCUCUCCAAGACCAGGAUAGGAUCGAGCUGGUCACGCAGGACGCUGGAAGGGUAUCCGUGGCCGGUAAUUACAAAGUCACUGUCAGCGGUGGGGUGAAGAGCCAUCAAAACUCCUCCUACUGGUCAGCGCUAAAUCGUUCGUCUAAGGAAGACGAGAAGUCAACGGCGGGCAAGGGAGGCAUUCAGGCAACUACCCUAGUCACACAACAGGUCACGAUCAAGUCGAGACAAGAGCAAGAGCCAGAGGAGCGGAGCCCGACAAGCGACGAGGGCUCGAAUGGGCACAGAUCACGUCAAUCGUAAGGUGGUCAAUCGUUGAGCUGGACAUCCACCCAUCACAACGCAAUCAACCUCCGAUUCUUUCAUAUCAUUGAGGUACUUCAUUAAAUAUAGGGUCCAUUAAUAUUCAUUGGCGGACGUCUUCACUGAGCCGAUUUCUCUGGGUCCUGGAAUGCACUUACAUGCGUUCAACCCAGUCAUUGUAUCUACAGUCAGGGCUAGCCAUGUGCACGGCGCUUGGGGGUUACUUGUCGUCUUCCAAGGAUAGGAUAGCAUGUUUGUUCUCCAUAUAUCUUACUACUCAUUAAGAGCCCACUA